GAGCAAAGAACAGACCGUCAGUUGAAGGUAAACAAACAGCGGGAGCGCGUGGCAGAUUCCGCGGAUGCUGUGUGUGCCGUUUGUGAUAUCCUUUGCUUUUGCAAUAUAUUGAAUUGGAAUAAUAUAUUACCUGCGUCGGGGGCAGACAGUUUGAUUAAAAUGACUUUCAAUCUCUUCGAAACAUCGCAGUUCGAGGUGUGGUGACAGUUAACGAUUGGCAGAGCACAUGUUUUGUUACCAGGUGUAUAGUUGUACAGUACUAACAUUGGCCUAAUGUGUUUCAGUUUGGGUGAAAGUUUCAACGGUUCUACAAUUUAGCGGUCGGAUGAUCAGUGAGAAAUAAUACCAUUGGCUGAAGUUAACAGAAACUUCUUGGCGAGCUCUUAGUGAUCAGAUGGUGAAAUUCAUAGGAUAGUGAAAAAAAGUUAAGAGAGGAAUAACUAUAAUAAUUCAAUUUAACUUUAAUAAACUCGAACCCAAAAGUGCAUCAGUGAGUUGAAACUUUCGCUGGGAAAAAGCGAAUUGAUGCACGGAAGGAAGCCUUUUCAAUAACGAGUCUUCAUCGCUGAAUAAAUUGUAGGUCUUCAUUUAUGAAUGUCGACAGCAGGGUGUAGCAGCGCUCAACGCUGGCCCGUUGUUGGAUAGCACGGCUCUGUGAAAAGGGUAAUUUUUCUUAGUGCCCGGAUGCCGCUGGGUGGAGAUGCUCAAAAGGAAAAUUGUUGUCGAAGAACUUUUCCUUUGGAACGUGCCAGCUAAGUCAUACCGUAGUGAUAGCUCGUGGUGAAUGAGUAUCGAAGCAUUUUAGUGCCGACAAGGCGACGAGCGAAGAAGAGCAAUGAUUUAAAUUGGUGUGCAGAAGCUUCUAAUUGAAUUAAGCCGACGUUAUGUAAAAUAGUAGAUCUGCUACCGUCACGGCUCUUGGAUCCACUUUCGAGAGGCUGACUGUAGUUGGUGGCUAAUUGUGCAAUGUCAAAAGAAGAAGUUAGCGUUUUUUUCUCUGAACACCGUUAAGCUUACUUACAGUAAAUGUCGUAACCAGGCGGCAUUUCGUUGGUGGUUCAUGAAGUGUUUUGCUGGGUUGAAUUAUACAGUUGUUUCAGAUUAACAACCCCAUCUCCGCGCGGGUGGCGUAGCGUAGAACAACCAUUGGGCGAUGAUAUCCCGGUGGCGCGUGGAAGGAAAAACAACUGACGAACACACGAUACGGGCCAUUUGCCAAGUCGACAAUCGUGCAGCCAGUUGCAGACAGUCCGGAGCCCGCAUCAUUCAUCUGGUUCCGAAAACUGAAUUGUAACAACCUUGACCCAUUUCCGGGUACACUGUGUGACACAAGUUUUUACAAAUGCAAGAAACAAUUCGCAGUGCAAAUUUGUCGCUGUGUUUUUACUAGUGAGCCGGAAAGUGAGGAAAAGCGAACCGUAGAAAUUAAAAUUCAGCAAUUUGCUGCUAGUGGGUGCUGCUGGAAAAGCUACUGCUGAUUUCGGGCGGUUGACAGUUUUGCGAAACCUUUGCGUCAAAAUUCCGGAUCAGUGCGAAUCGAACCGUUCAAUCGUGUGGCAGUGGGCGUGAGUGGGUGUAAAGUGAAAAAUCAGAACGGGAAAAUUGGAGUGAUAUAGGGAAGAGAUUUGUGUUUUUUUUCUGCUUCUUGUUUCAAGAGUGAGUGAGCGGAGAAUUUGCUUAAGGGGAUGCUCAAGUGGUCGCCCGGCAGGGCGCUUGUGUGUUUCGUACAAGUGUUUGUUAGGGUUGGGAUGGAAAAUGGAAGAAUGAAAAACAAAUAUCUGGGUGGGUCUGGAAGCCGCUGGUUGUCUGCGCUGAACAGUGCAAUGUGCUUUUUCUAAUCUCGGAGCUGAUUGAUGAAAUGAUCCGAUAUGUGGACCUACAUGAUGGCGGCGGCCCGAGGUGACCGGGCAAUGUCAUCCAUCUCGCAGCGUCAUCAGAGCAGUCGGAAUGAUUUCGAUUCACCCAGCAUCUACCACUUCAGCCGGGUUCAGCGUCCGUUGUACAACACCUCGAACCGUUCGGCAGGCCUGUGCAAUGGGCCCAUCACGGUCAGUACCACUCCGUUCGGGAGUAACACGAUAUACCAGAACUUUAACCCGUCGACGGUGGGCAGCAUCAGCAGCGUGGCGACCACUCCAAGCUUAUCGGCAACAACGAAUCCGGCAGGCGGCGGUGGGCCCAGUUGCACCGUUUCUGGCCAGCUUCCGUUCACGACCCGAAACCGCAUCGAGGUAGCCUCCGAUCAUCACAGCGGUGGUUCGAUGCCCAACAGUAGUAACAACAACAAUAACAACAAAAACAACCACCUAAGUCAGGCUGUGAUAGAAAGCGAGAGAGGUGACUUUUUGGAAUCGUCCAGCGGCAGAGGCUCACUGCAUCGCUGGUUGAACGCGUUCCGGCAUAGACUCAGCAAACGGGGCCGCUCGAAGCCGCCCGACCAGUUUCUGGAUAAAUUCUCCACCACGACCGCUUCGGAUACGCGAUUACACCAGACGGUGCCGGCGCUGCCCUCCGAUGGAACCUGCAGCCGGCUGUCCGUUGAUCCGUCCCUGCCUUCGCAUUAUCGGUGGCUGUCGGUGGUGUCGCUAGCUGUGCUGUACAAUAUUGUGUUUGUGAUAGGACGUGCCGUUUUUUGGGAGAUCAACCGCCAGGCGCCAGCCCUCUGGUGGACCUUAGACUAUCUAUGUGAUUUUAUAUACUUAGCCGACACGUUAGUUCAUUGUCAUGAAGGGUACCUGGAGCAGGGCUUGCUGGUACGUGACGCAUCCAAGCUGCGGAAACAUUACUUCUCCAAGCAGCGCUGGUGGCUGGACGUGGUUUCGAUGCUGCCCACCGACCUGGCGUACAUUUGGUGGGCGCCCAGUUCCUGUACCGCGACCCGACUACCCUGUCCAAUUAUAGUUAGGAUUAAUAGAUUACUGCGUCUUCCAAGAAUGUGGGAAUGGUUUGACCGGACCGAGACGGCGACCGGUUACCCGAAUGCGUUUAGGAUAUGUAAGGUCGUGUUAGCUAUUCUAGUAUUAAUCCAUUGGAAUGCGUGUCUUUAUUUCGCAAUAAGCUACGCACUCGGGUUCAGCUCGGACAACUGGGUGUACAACAUUAACGGGGCGAAGAAUCUCACCCUCUCCCGUCAGUACAUCUACAGUUUCUACUGGUCCACGCUUACGUUGACCACGAUCGGGGAGACGCCAACGCCGGAAAAUGACGCCGAGUAUCUGUUCGUAGUGGCUGACUUUCUUGCCGGGGUGCUCAUCUUUGCUACCAUUGUCGGUAAUAUCGGUUCUAUGAUUUCGAACAUGAACGUGACCCGUGUAGAGUUUCAAAAUCGAAUGGAUGGUGUUAAGCAAUAUAUGGCGUUUCGGAAGGUGGGAGGAGAGCUGGAAGCACGGGUCAUCCGUUGGUUUGCUUACACGUGGGCCCAAAGCGGUGCUCUGGACGAGGAACGUGUGUUGGCGGCCUUACCGGACAAGUUGAAAGCUGAAAUUGCUAUUCGUGUACAUAUGGACACACUGCGACAAGUGCGAAUAUUCCAAGACUGUGAGCCGGGAUUGCUGGAGGCUUUGGUGCUAAAACUAAAACUACAGGUAUUUAGUCCCGGAGAUUACAUCUGCCGAAAGGGGGACGUCGGCAAGGAGAUGUACAUCGUGAAGCGGGGCAGCCUUUCGGUGGUAGCGGACGAUGGAAUCACGGUGCUAGCCACUCUUGGCGCUGGGUCGGUGUUCGGUGAAGUAUCGGUGCUGGAGAUUGCCGGCAAUCGAACCGGCAAUCGGCGGACUGCGAACGUGAGGUCAAUUGGUUAUUCGGAUCUGUUUUGCUUAGCGAAACGUGACUUGUGGGAAACUUUAUCUGACUAUCCGGAAGCGAGGGCAUCACUGACGGAACGCGGCUGUCAAUUAUUACGCAAAGAUGGUUUACUGGAUGAAGCGGUUUUUGCCAGUGCCCAACACCAGCAAGACACCCUGGAGAUUGGUGUGGCCAAGCUGGAACAGACGGUGGAAAACCUAAAUCUUCGGCUCGCUCGCCUUCUGGCCGAGUAUUCUGCCAGUCAAGCGAAGCUGAAACAGAGGAUUUCCAGGCUUGAGGCAAGCAGACCGGUGACAUCGCCGAAGCGCCGAUCGCACCAGCAGGGCAACCAUCAACCCGGCAGCGACGGCAGCGGCGGAUCGGCGAGUUCCAGAGGCCACCAGCUAAGGUCGGCUCAGAAUCGACGCAAAUCGCACUCGUCCUCGGCAACGGCACUUUCCAACGGCAAUAGCAGCAAGCAGAACACAUUAUGAAUAUGCAUUCACGAUUCUUCCGUUCUUCAUUCCUGGCAAGCUGGCGAAGGCGGCGACGAUGGUGGCAUUUUGAUGGUUAGGACGAUUGCAAUGACAAGGACGAACGGCGGCAGCUUCGAUGAUGAUUAUAAUGACGACCGGGAUGCAGCAUCCGAGGAGCAACAGCUGGGAAGCGCGACUACGGCCAGCUCGGAAGCGGCAACUGCGAUGACAAUGAUGAUGGUGAUUGUCCUGUAGCAGAUGCCUGCAACGCGAGAAGACCUCAUCGUGUUCUCCCGUCGACUCCAUCGUCGCAGUACUCCAUCGUGAAUGAAAACGGACCGUCAUUACACGAAUAUUUAUAUCUAAUCUUAAGAAAUUGUGUGCUGUGAAUAUUAAUAUUUUGUAGCACACUUCAGAUCGGGGGUAACACCGCCCGCGACCGAAUGGAGAGGUGUGAGUUGGAAAAAAGAUAUGAAUGUUAAAAACAUAAGCGUCACUAGGUCACGAGUGGGCCAGGUUUCUUCAAUUUUGGUUUGUUUCCGUAUCCACACUGAGAAAAUUUUUACGCUAGAUCUCAUCAGGUUGAAUAAAUCUACUGUUGAUUUCGGACAGGAUGAAUGCUUCUUGAAAUCACUCACUGAAAAUUCGUUAAAAUUUGAUUGCAAAAAGUUGGGAGAUACACAAGCAUAUAUUUGACAGUUGCAAUGCCACCAUUUUUUCCAACUCACACCGUAUCUCCAUGUCUACAAAACUCAAAUUUAAGAUUCACUUCCCGGCGCCAGGAAUAAAGUCACCGCUAAUUCUGCUUUCCCUAGGGGUAGAAAGUUUAGUAAAACACGAUAAACUGCAGGAAUGGCACUUACUGGUACUUGUUUUUCUAAUCAUAAUUUACCCUCGAAGUCACUACGUGAUUUUGUUAUUAAUCCUGUCAUCGUGUUUAGGGUUCGAAUAAAGGCAAGCUCUGAGAAUAUGGUGCUCGAAUGUUCUCUAGAAUAGGUCGCACACUUGAGUCCUUUGUAUUGGCAAUCUAGACCAAUUCUUCCGUCAAUAGGCAAAGCGGAAUAAGCGUGUAUGGAACCAACCGAAACGUAUAUAGGAAUAAUUAGUAACAAGUAAUAACGUGCCUCAAAAUAAUUACUUUUAUUUUGUUUUUAUACUUACUAUUUGUGAUAAGGAUCAGAAAACCACUACGUUUAACAUAAAUCGAAUGUUCAACCUAGCUACCCAAAUUAGGUAUAAACUGUUUAAAAAGAAGAAAAAAAAUGUAAGCAGUGCAACUGGUAAAAAGUUGGCGAAAUUGGAUUUUCCAAGUAUAAUUUUCUAUUGCUGUUAGAAUACAUAGUUGUUAGAAACCCAAACUGGGGGAAGAUGUUUUAAUAACGAUGCGACAAGUGAGAAGGAAGUAUAAAAUGUUAACUUUGUGUAAGUAAGAAAGAUUUAAACCCUACCCAUAUACUAGAUACUUAACAUGGCCUAGAAUUAGGGAUGGAAAACAAAACCAUCAUCAAACUAAUAAUUUAACCUUUCCACUGUAAGAGAACAACAACAAACCGAAAAGCAUGUCUCUAAAGUCAAGAAAGCUUCUGCUGGCAGGCUGAAUCUAUCCAGCAGUCUGCUUCACAGAAGCUUGCACUUACCAUUUAGUUAGUCUCGCUGUACAGAAAAUAUCCGAAUCUUUGAAAUACAAAUUUUGUUACAACAAUUUCAUCUUGGACGGAAAAUUGUUCACCAGAAGCAGCUCUGCGUGUGCGAGGUGCACGAAAAGGCAACACGAAAUGUCAAAAACAAACAAAAAGUAAGAUGGCGGACCGACAGCCAGCUUAGUUUUCGUUGUCAUUAUGCUAGUCUCAUUUUGCAAACAUUAACCCUUUUCGGUCGAAAGCUGUCGGACGAAUAUUUUCUAAUACUCGCUGAUGGACAAUCAUUUUUUAUACACUUUUGAUUUAGAGGAUUUAUCGGAAUCAAAUUUAACUUUCAAAAGGCUUACCUUUUCCGUGGCACUUUCAAACCAAAACUUUCAUAGUUUAUAAAUAAUUGAAAAAAUAAUAUGACGAUUUUGUUUUGAUUUAAAUUUUUAUAAAUGUUUUUUUUUAGAAAAAUGUUGAGUAAAAUCUGUAAGUAUAAAUGAACAAAAACUGUUCUGUAGACAUAUUGAAUCCGCCGAAGGAAACCCAAAAAUGAACACGCGCUUGACAAGACCACCUUCGCAAAAGACAUCCCUGUUGGAAAAGGAUAAUUAUUUCUGCAUAAAUUGAAUCGAAUACAUAUCCUUUGAAAAACAAUUUCUAGUAGUAAUAAAAUAAACGAAUUGACAAAGAAGAAGCAGUUAUCAAUUACCAAUCGGCGCGGUGUUUUUUGAAAUUGUUUCCAAUUUUUGAUGUUACCCCGAUAAAACACAAUUUUGUGACACCUAGAGUCCCUACAAUGUUUCGCUUUUACCUACUGCUAAGAUUAAGACACUUACCAAUUUGAGAAGCUGAAUAGGAAAACAAACAAAGUGAUCGUAUUGUUGUUUACAAGUUAUUCUACAGUAACUCUCCGUCUGUCUGUCUCUCUCUUUCCAUUUCUCUCUACAGUUUCUCCUGUUCCAUAAUAUAGUUGAAAACACAUUUUGAUGCAUCUGUAGCACAUACGCAGCUGUAAUAGUUACCAAUAAAGCGGUCAGUCUCAGAUACCACUUACGAAGAGCCGUGACCAUGUCAAAAGAGUUUGUGUUUAUACAUAGAAUUUAUACGGCCAAGUUUAGCAUAAACGGUUGAGCAGAAAAACCAAGCUAAACAAAGAGAAUUGUGUGCAAACAGCUGUAAAACAAUUACUUGUAGGCAAAUACUGAAUUAAUCGCGAAACAAUUCUCGCAAAAACUACUUAUUAUAGUUGAAACGAGAUUCAGGCAUGUGAGGAAGAAAAAAGAUGGUAUAGCUACGGUGUAGUCAUAUUUAUACACACAUUGAAGCUAAUUACAAAACUAUACAAAAAUGGUGCGAAUUGUCAACAAGGAACUAAAAAACCACUAAACUAUACCAGUAACAUAAAGCAACACAUAAAGGAAAGAAACGAAGAAAAAAAGGAACAAUUAUUUACGGUGAGUUGUUUAAGCAAGCAAAGUUAAUAAUGGUAGUUUAAUGCGAAUGAAGGAUGACCAUUUGCAGGUCGAACAAAACACACAAAAACAAAACGUAAUAACUAUUAAUAAUGAGACGUUCAAUACGCUAACUUAGGAACGAUGCGCGAAAAUGCAGCAAAAUCCCAGUGGUUGAGAAAAUUGAAACAAAUGAAAAGAAUUUAAAAAAAUUGCU